UUUCCCUCCGAACAUCUUCAGCGCCCACCCACUUCGCUUCCACGCACAAUGCAGCUCAACCGUGUCUCCGCCGCGUCGAAACUGAGCCUCACGUGCUUCAGCCUCGUGUUGAAGCUAGUGGUGCUGUACACGGCGGAGGGACAACCUCAGCACCGUGGCCCCGACCUACAUUGGUACACAGGAACCGCCACGUGGUACGGCGACCCCGAAGGAGACGGAAGCACGGGUGGAGCAUGCGGGUAUGGUUCAAUGGUGGACGUGAAACCGUUCAGGGCCAGAGUGGGUGCAGUGGGGCCCAUACUGUUCAUGAACGGGGAAGGGUGUGGUGCGUGCUACAAGGUCAAGUGUUUGGACAAAAACAUAUGUUCGAGGCGAGCAGUGACAGUGAUAAUUACGGACGAGUGCCCAGGUUGUCCCUCUGACCAAACACACUUUGAUCUCAGUGGUUCUGCGUUUGGCCGCAUGGCUAUUGCUGGCGAGCACGGUCAACUCAGGGACCGGGGUCAAAUCCCAGUCAUUUACCGAAGAACACCGUGUAAAUAUCCAGGAAAAAAAAUUGCCUUCCAUGUUAAUGAAGGCUCUACACCAUUUUGGCUAUCACUUCUGGUUGAGUUUGAGGAUGCAGAGGGAGAUAUUGGCUCCAUGCACAUAAGAGAAGCAGGGUCUACGGAGUGGCUACAAAUGAAUCAUCUUUGGGGUGCAAAUUGGUGCAUUAUUGGGGGACCUUUAAGGGGACCAUUCUCGGUGAAAUUGAGCUCUUCUACUGGGAGGAGCCUCUCUGCCAGAGAUGUUAUUCCGGGCAAUUGGGUUCCAAAGGCCACUUACACCUCUAGCCUAAAUUUUUACACCUAGUCACACACCCUUUGCAAUUGGUACAUCCAAGUCUCCUUCCCAAAGAGGGUAAUUAAUAUGCCGUGUUACCUAGUUGAUCCCAUAACUCAAAAAUAGUCUUCAUGAGCUUCCAA